AGUUUAAAGGCUGCAGUAAAGAUUAAGCACCAGUGGUCUCGACGCACGGGAGAUACACACAGAACUUUAGAGUAACCCCCCACCCAUUGCCGCGUUUCCUGGGCUCUAGGUUUGUUCCCACGUUCCCCGUCGGAGCGUACCUAGAGGCGUCACGGCUCGAUGGCCCCUGCCGUGCUGUGGACCGCGUCGCUCGCCAUGCUGUGCCUUGUCCCGGGGACCAGCGGCUUCCCCGGGGGAGCUCCUACUUCCUCGUGCGUCGCCAUGAGGCCCAUGCACGACGGAGUUCGGACGCAGACGUCGCGAGCUCCCUACGGCAUCACCGCUUCAGCCACCAACGGCAGCCUCAGCAUGGCCUUCACGGUGCGGGUGAUGGGCCCGGUGUACCGUGGCCUCCUGCUGCAGGCGCGCACGCCGGGGGGAGCCACGCGGCCCAUGGGCACCUGGCAGGGCCUUCCCCGGGACACUCGUCUUCUACAGUGUGACGGCAGAGAUGCAAGUGCGGUGACUCACUCAAACAUCAACGAGAAGAUUAAUCAGACCUUCACCUGGCUCCCGCCGGCAGGAGGCCUCACCGGGCCCAUCAUGUUCAUCGCUGCUGUAGCCGAGUCGCGUGAGGUCUACUGGAUGGACAUUCGCUCCUCGGUUCUCAAUGGAGGACUCUCCAUCCAGAGAGGCGCCUCGCUCACCUGGCUGGCAGCCGCGGGCUCGCUGCUGUGCGCGAGCGCUCUCCGCCUCUGAAGCGGCGGGGACACGCGGGGGGAGACACGCGGGGGGAGACAAGCGGGAGACACACGGGAGACACCCAGAGACACGGAGGGAGACACACGGGGACACGCGGGGGGAGAGGGAGGGACACGGGGAGAUGCAGGGUAACACGAAGCCCGCACCGGGAGUACGCAGGGAGACACAGAGAGACACGGAGAGACAGAGACACUGCGAGAUGCGGGGAGACAGAGACACGGGGGAGAUAUGAACACUGGGAGAUACGGAGACACACGGGGAGACAGAGACACGGGGACACGUGGACACGGGGAGAGAGACACAGAGACACGGGGACACAGACACGGGGAGACGGAGACACAGAGACACGGGGACACGUGGACACGGGGAGACACGUGGACACAGAGAGACAGAGACACGGGGACACGAGGAGACACGUGGACACGGAGAGACGGGGACACGGGGAGACAGAGACACGGGGAGACAGAGACACGGGGAGAC